AUGACGUCCAUCCUCGGUACCCCAUUCAACGCAGGCUCCAGUGCAACAAUGACUCCAGCAGAUGCAAGGACUCUCCUUAAUCAACUCGAGGAGGACAUCACCUACGUCGUCGAUACGCACAGCAAGUCUCUCGACGAUGCAGCUGCGCAUGUCAAGUACGAGGAUACCCUCCUUGAGAUCUCGUUUCGAUACACGCAGCUGCAAGAGGAAAUGAAAGAUCAUAAUGAGUACACCACCUUCAUGAAGAAGCGGGGUAAGGAUAUCGACGCGGUCGAGAAGAAUAAGUUCUGCAAGAGCUUUUUGGACUCGCAGGUCCUCAAGUUUGAGGUUCAGAGUUUGUUCAAGGAUAUUGAGAUGGAUCGCUUGAAGGUUGAACUUGUGGUAGCAAAGGAGGCGAAGACUUCUGCAGAGAAGAUGCUUGAGGAGUAUCGUGAUGAUGUUUCUAAGCUGGUGGUACAUCAUCCUUUCUCGCUCAUGCAUGCAUGUCAAAACACUGACAAUUCAAUGCUAGGCAAAGGUUACCGCGCCCAUUGGUACUAUCCCAGCAUUCAAGGCUGAAGAAGCUUCCACGCCAGCCCCAAAGACUGAAAACAUCAACAGUGUAGCCAGCCAAACACGAGCAGUCACAGGAGCCAAAAGACGAGCCCCGCAACCAGCACCAGAAGCAUCGGUACUGAAGCCACUUUCGACCAAGGUUGUGAAGAAUGCCAAGGACAAAAAGACUGUUUGUUCCAAGUCGAUAAAGCUUUCCCAACAAUUGUCAGAACCUUCCAGUCGGUCAUUGAAAACGAGACCAAAGCCCAAAUGCAGGAGAAGCACAAUCAAGUCACGGGACUGAGUACUUCGGAGCUUCAUGCUAUCAUGGGAUCAAACCCUUCCGAUGAUGAUGAUGAUACCGAAUUUUCUUCUCUCGAAGAGUUCUCAUGA